CACAAUGGAUCUCAACUUCGACAAAAUGUACAUCUUAACAGUCUUCGCGAUGAGAAUAAAUCGAUCUCACCCAUUAAUCGCGAAAGACACGAAAUGGUUUCUACAAUUACUACCUAUGUACGGAAUCUUUAGCAUAAUGUUUGCAUUACUAAUCAACUGCAUAAUACACUAUGAUCUGAAAGCCAAGGACUUCUCUUCGACCUGUAGAAAUGGAUGCUUGUGCGUCCUAUAUUUCAUUUCCACCCUGAGUUACUACGUCAUGUUGGUCCAUCAAACAACACUGAAGACCAUCAUAAACACUAUGAAUGAAGAUUACGCCCAGGCAUUAAAAUUCAAAGCUGACGAACAGAAAGUCGUAUUGGAUUAUGCUAAAAAAGGUUUGUACGUAUGCCGCCAGUGGCUGGCAAUGUCUAUUAUGGGGGUAGGAUUGUUUUUUGUAAAGAAUGUUUUGUUGUACACGUAUAAUUAUUACGUUGAUGAUAUGAAGCUCGUACCAUUACAUGAUAUGACGUAUCCGAGGAUCAUAGAAGAGAAGAGAGAUGAUAUUAUUGUGUACGCGUCGCUUUAUGCAUUGACUGUGUAUUAUGGUGUUUUUGCCGCGAUUAUGUACAUGUCAUUUGUGCCUUUGGGUCCGGUAUUCAUGCUGCAUUGUUGUGGGCAGUUGGAACUGAUAGUGAUGAGACUAGAGAAUCUGUUUAUUAAAUAUACACACGAGGAAGCGAAUGAGAAGUUGAAAGAUAUUAUACGGCAUUUGCAGAACAUUUACGGCUUCGUAAAGAACAUAGAAAAAUGUUUCACGGGAUUUUACGAGUUAACUUUGAAAGCUACAACCAUUACUCUACCGAUAGCAGUAUACGAGAUUAUAGAGUCUUGCCAUAGGAGAGAGCUACGUAUGGAAUUUCUAGUAUUCAUUUUUGGCGCCAUGAUUAUAAGCAGCUCGCCGUGCUACUAUAGUCAUCUGCUAAUGGAGAAGGGUGAACAAGUCCGACUGGCAGUAUACUGCAGUGGAUGGGAAGUGGUCCAAUCCCGCGCCGCUCGCUCUACUCUCAUGGUGAUAUUGGUACGAGCCCUGCAGCCCAUAGCUAUCCGCACCAUGUUCAGGACAAUUUGCCUCGAUGCACUCACUGAUCUUUUGAAUCAAUCGUACGCUCUUUUCAACCUUAUGAACGCGAUGUGGGCAUAGACAAUGCAAGCAAUGAUGAUUUAUACUCGUAUUGUAUCAUGGAGAUAAAAUUAUAAUAAAAUUCACUUAAUCGACUAAUAUAGCCACUAAUACCUAUGUAUUUAUAAUAUGUAUGUAUCUAAGCUUCUAAUACUGCUAAUACACAAAAAUCUCAAUGCAUGCCACCGUAGAAAGAACAACUACACCAGAAUUUAACAG